UCAACAGCUAAACCUCUGGGGCAGGAAAAUGCUUGCAGCGUCUCUGAAGCUCCUUUUUCUUCUUCUUCCGUCUCAGGAACCAGCGGCUUCUUUUCACUUCUGAGCUCCCUAGGAAGUUUGAAAGAGUCUGAUCCUGCAAACCUAGCGAGGAUGGAAGGGGGAAGAUGGACGGUUGACUUGGUCAGGCUGCCUCCUGCAUCCCUCCCCAAAACAGUUGAGCAUUCCCUCCCAGGGCCCUCAGAGAGAUCUGGAUCCUGCAGCUUGCUUUGGCUUCUGAGCGCCUCACGAAGGAUGGAAGAGGCUGAUCCUGCAAACCUGGCGAGGAUGCAAGGGGGAAGAUGGACGGUUGACUUAGUCAGGCUGCCUCCUGCAUCCCUCCCCAAAACAGUUGAGCAUUCCCUCCCAGGACCCUCAGAGAGAUCUGCAGAUAAUCAACAGAACUCUGCAGAAUGUGGAAUGAGCUUCAUUGCUGGUGGAGACCUUACAAACCAUCGACAGACUUACACAGGGGGGGAACCAUUUAAGCGUCCUGUGUGUGGAAAGAGCUUUAGUCAGAAGGUGAAACUUUCAAACCUUCAACGAAGUCACACGGGGGAAAGACUAUUUAAUCAUGCAGGGGAAAAACAAUAUGAAUGUGUGGAAUGUGGGAAGUGCUUCAGGCAGAGUGGAAAGCUUACAAGACACCAGCGGAUUCACACAGGAGAGAAACCAUUUAAAUGUAUGGAGUGUGGAAAAAGUUUUAGUCGUAAUGACAUUCUUAAACUACACCAGCUAAUUCAUACAGGGGAAAAACCAUUUAAAUGUAUGGAGUGUGGAAAGAGCUUUAAUCAGAAUGCACAACUCUAUUCACAUCAUCAAACUCACACAGGGGAGAAACCUUUUAAAUGUAUAGAGUGUAAAAAGAGCUUCGGUGAAAAGGCAACACUUAGAAAACAUCAACUAAUUCACACAGGGGAAAAGCCAUUUACUUGUAUGGAGUGUGGAAAGAGAUUCCGUCAUAGCAAUUCACUUCGAAUACAUCAACGGACUCACACAGGGGAGAAACCAUUUGAAUGUCUAAAGUGUGGAAAGUGGUUCAGCCAAAAGACACACCUCACUUCACAUCAGCGAACUCACACGGGGGAGAAACCAUUUGAAUGUCUAAAGUGUGGAAAGUGGUUCAGCCGAAAGACAACCCUCACUAGACAUCAGCGAACUCACACGGGGGAGAAACCAUUUAAAUGUUUGGAAUGUGGAAAGACUUCCAGUGAUAGUCGAACACAUGCAGAACACCAACGAAUUCACACAGGGGAGAAACCACUUAAAUGUAUGGAGUGUGGAAAGAGUUUCCGUCAGAGUUCAAACCUUACAACACACCUGCAAACUCACACAGCGGUUAAACCGUUUAAAUGCUUGGAGUGUGGAAAGAGUUUCCGUCAGAGUUCAAACCUCACUUCACAUCAGCGAACUCACACAGGUGUAGAAACCAUUUAA